AACAAAACAAAAUCUUUUAAAUUCUUAAAAAUACUUCUGCUAUUUCCCCCAUUUCCUGUUGAUAUAGGCUAUGGCUGAUAGCGAUGAUCAGUCCGACGAUUACCCUGAAAGCCGUCCGUUAGCAAGAUGUGGACAUAUUGCCUGUGCAGUUGACAGAUUUAUGAUAAUUUGGGGAGGAUACAGGGUGGUUAUUUGGGAUGAAUUCAUGCAAGAAGAAUACCUGCCAACCCAUGAGAUAUGGAUCUAUGAUACUGAUACAGAGAUUUGGUUUCGUAAAGAGACACAGGGUCGAUCACCGAAGGGUACAUCUGGGGCUGCAGCGACAGUGGUUGACAACAAAUUGUACAUAUUUGGUGGCUUCUCACGCUCCCAGAAUGUCAAUCAGAUUCAUUGCCUUGAUUUAAAGACAUUGAGAUGGGUGAAUCUUGUGUCUGAGUGUGCACAGGAUUUUCUGCCAUCGCCCCGUGAUAAACAUUCAGUAUGGGAUUACAAAAAUAAGUUAUAUGUUUUUGGAGGAUUUGGUCCUCCAACCUACCAUUACCUUUCUGAUCAUGGCCAGUUUGAGUUAGAUGCAAGCACCACGUAUUUUUCUUAUGUCAGAGGAUGGAAUAACCAGAUACUCGAGUAUGACAUCCCAACACACUCUUGGAAAAAUCCAGCAUGCUCAGGGAUGGCUCCAAGUCCGAGGGCAGCAAUGGCUGUGGCAAAAUUAGACGAUCGUGUCGUCAUAUUUGGUGGAAGAAAUAAAGAGAUUCGACUGAAUGACUUACAUUAUCUAGAUCUUGAUGGAAUGUCUUGGACACAACUUACGCAGAAUGAACCAAUUCCAGUUGGUCGAACGUGGCACACCUUUUCAAAAAUCACACAGACCGAGUUAUUUAUGUAUGGAGGCUUUACUCAAGAAAAGGAACCCCUAAGUGAAGCAUGGGUCUUAGAUGUAGAUAAGUGUCGCUGGCGACAGCUUCCAGUGGCUGCCAACAAACAUCGAUUAUGGCAUACAUCUAGUCGAUGUAAUAAUGGCGAUAUACUGAUAUUUGGUGGCUGUUGUAAUAAUAUACUGGAUGCACAAACACCGGUUCACACAAACGAAACCCUUGUCUUCAGGCUUUCACCAAGGACAUUGGUCAGAUCUUCCCUGGAUGUAGUUUUUAAGCACAGAGACUGUUUACAAGGAGAGUGGGAGAGCCUCCCCAAAUCUCUCCGUGAUAUUUUGGUGCUUCGUUUAGAAAAUGCAAUAUCCCUGGGAAACGAUGAUGAAGAAAAAGAAAAUGGACGUAACAAACGACGUGGCUCUCAUUUAGGUUGUGCAAUCUCAUAAUGCGGACUUGAAUAUUCUGGAUACUUUGUUUAUUUAGAAUUGAGUGAUAGUCUCUAUAAACAGACUUGAAAUUGAGGCCGAGAAGUUGUGGAGUGCUUUGCCAUAUCAUUAGCCAAGCUAUAAACUGUUCAUUGCGGCUCAACCUCAUCUCCCUCAGAGUAUCCUAUAUUUGAGCGGCAAAUAUUUGGAUUAAGUGCCUUGUACAAGGACACAAAGACAAAAUGGCUGUGAUCGUACUGAGAUCUGAACCCCAUCAAUGACAGGUGUUAAAAAUCAUCACCAUUUCUUUCCCCAUGUUCUAGUCACUUUAGAUGACAUUGACAUUCAUCCUGUAAAUAUUUAUGGUAUGUUAAUACGUGUGCUUAAUGUAUUGUGUAUUUCAUUUUGAGGUAACUAACUAGGUACAUUAAAUUGUACCAAACUACAGCUUAUUCUUGAUGUGAGCUUGUUGAUUCACUUUGGGUGCACAGUGAAGGUACCACCAUUAUCAUCCAUUAUAAUUGAAUACAGUUUGCUUCUUUAUGUAAGCCUCGAGGGGCUUUAUACCUUCACUGCUAUGAUGGGUUAUUUGUCCAAUAAAAUCGGGUGGCAAAACAAUGGGUUUUUUCCAUCUUGUAUGUCAGUAA